GCAUUCAAUCCUCUCUCUGGCAUCUCCACUGCCACACCACUGUGACCACACGCUCCCGCGCCGCCCAUGGCGGCUACCUCGCCGACGGCCACGAGGCCGGUAGCCGCCGCACUUAUACGAGUCCCGCGUCCAGGGAUCAAUCGCGUCUCCUCGCCAUGCUGCCACAGCCGCCCCCGCCCCCGCCGCGCAACUCCUUGGUGGAGUCGUCCGCGAUGCAGCCGUAAAGAGAAGCCGGUCGUCACGGACGUCGUCGAGGAGGAGGCACCAAGGGGCCCGGAGACUCAGAGGGAGGAUGAAGAAGAGGCGGAGGCCGGCUCGCUGCGUGGGGUGCUGGGGUGGCUCAGGCUUGACGGGGUUGCGGCGGACAUCAUCAGCAUCGCCGUGCCCGCCGUGCUCGCGCUCGCCGCCGACCCAAUCACGGCGCUCGUAGACACCGCCUUCGUCGGCCAUAUUGGCUCGGCUGAACUUGCGGCUGUUGGUGCAUCUGCUUCCGUAUUCAAUUUGGUAUCCAAGCUGUUCAAUGUGCCAUUGCUUAAUGUCACCACAUCUUUUGUUGCUGAGCAGCAGGCAGUCGAUGCCAAUAGUUCUAAUACCACAGGACAAAGAGAUGAAUCUUUGACGCCACAAAAGGGAAGCCAACAAAGGAAGGUUCUUCCGGCGGUUUCAACAUCCUUGGCUCUAGCUGCUGGCAUUGGAUUAUUGGAGAUGGCGGCACUGAUUGUUGGAUCUGGGACACUGAUGAACAUCAUUGGUAUACCCGUCGAUUCACCAAUGCGAGCACCAGCAGAACAAUUUCUUAUGUUCAGGGCAUAUGGUGCUCCACCAAUUAUAGUGGCACUUGCAGCUCAGGGUGCAUUUCGUGGAUUCCUGGAUACAAAGACACCAUUGUAUGCUGUGGGUGCUGGCAACCUAUUAAAUGCAAUACUGGAUGCUGUACUUAUUUUCCCACUUGGUCUAGGAGUAAGCGGCGCUGCCUUGGCCACAGUGUCCUCUGAGUACUUGACUGCGUUCAUCCUCCUUUGCAAGCUGAAUAAUGAAGUAGACCUAUUUUCAUGGAAUAUCAUUGGAGAUGGAGUAAUUCGUUACCUGAAAUCUGGUGGACUGCUAAUUGGCAGAACAAUUGCAGUAUUCCUGACACUGACACUAUCUACGUCCCUAGCUACAAGGGAAGGGCCUGUUCCAAUGGCUGGCUAUGAGAUAUGCUUGCAAGUGUGGUUAACAAUUUCUCUGCUGAAUGAUGCUCUAGCCCUUGCUGGUCAGGCUCUACUUGCAAGCGAAUAUGCGAAAGGGAACUACAAGCAAGCCCGCAUGGUUGUAUACAGAAUCCUGCAGGUUGGAGGUGUGACUGGUGUUGUGCUUGCUGCUACCUUAUUAGUGGGGUUUGGAUCUUUGUCCUUGCUGUUUACAGAUGAUCCUGCAGUUUUGGACGUUGCCCAAUCUGGAGUUUGGUUUGUCACUAUUUCUCAGCCAGUAAAUGCUAUUGCAUUUGUGGCCGAUGGACUUUACUAUGGUGUUUCUGACUUUGCCUAUGCUGCAUACUCCACGAUUUUUGCGGGGGCCUUCUCAUCAGUAUUCCUACUUAUCGCUGCUCCUAAUUUUGGUCUUGGUGGCAUCUGGGCUGGUCUUACUCUAUUUAUGAGUUUGCGAGCAAUUGCUGGUUUCUGGAGGUUAGGGAGCAAAGGUGGACCUUGGGAAAUAAUCUGGUCAGAGAAAGCUUCCAAAGAUCCAAAAUAUUUGCCCUUUGUAUUCAUCUGGAGCCAUCACCCCUCCCCGCCCCGCUCUCAGAUCCGCCAAACCCGGCCGCACAGAGACACCAUGGCCGCGGCUUCCCCUCCGCCCCUCCCCACCUCCGUCGUCCCGGCGGCAACACCAUCCCCCUCCCCCAUCCCCACCGCCGUCUCCUCCGCCGACGUCGCCGCCGCCGACGCCAACCCCGCCGCGGCGCGCGCCUUCGUCUCCCGCCUCCUCGACUCCGCCAGGCGCGCGCUCUCCGGCGCCCGCCGCUGGGCCGAGCUCGUCGACCGCUCCGCGCUCUCCCGCCCGGACACCCUCUCCGACGCCACCUCCCGCCUCCGCAAGAACCUCGCCUACUUCCGCGCCAACUACGCCGCCGUCGUCGCGCUCUCCCUCGCCGCCGCGCUCCUCGCCCACCCCUUCUCCCUCGCGGCGCUCCUCGCCCUGCUCGCCGCCUGGUGCCUCCUCUACAUGCUCCUCCCCGCCGACGCGCCGCCGCUCGCCGCCUUCGGACGCACCUUCUCCGACAGGGAGGUGCUCGGGGGCCUCAUCGCAUCCUCCGCCUUCGUCGUCUUCCUCACCUCCGUCGGCUCGCUCAUGUUCUCCGCGCUGGCCCUCGGCGCCGCCGUCGUCUGCGCGCACGGCGCGUUCCGCGUCCCGGAGGACCCCUUCCUCGACGAGCCCGACCAGGCUGCCGGCAGCGGCAACCAGCAGGAUGAGGAUGAUGAUGGUGGAUCAUCGGCGGCGGUGCUGCUGCUGCCUGACGACAUGCUCGCCGACGUCCUCCGCCGCCUCCCGCCUAGAAGCCUUGCCGCGUCACGCUGCGUCCGCAAGCAGUGGUGCUCCAUCAUCGACGCCCGACGUAUGCUCCGCGUCGACCUCCUCCCUCUCCAGCUCGACGGCUUCUUCUGCAACCCCAACCACCUCCAAGACCGCCCAUCUUUCUUCGCACCCCCAUCGACAAUGCGCCGAAUCACCACCUGCCUCGACGACAUCUACGACACCCUCGGCUACAUGAGCAUCGAGGACCACUGUAAUGGUCUGCUUCUACUUGGGCAGCAGAUGGUGGUCAACCCUGCCACACGACAAUGGGCCACCUUGCCUGCCUUCCCAUCAUCAUCAUCAUCAUUAUUAUUUUCUCGUGUCGACGAUCAGCUGCUUCUACAUGUUGACAAUCAGCUGAUUGUCUACGAUCCCAUGGUGUCGCCGCAGCACUACGAGGUAUUUCUCAUCCCCAUGUUACAUGCCAUCAACCACGGAGAAGACGACGACGACGACGACGAAACCCAACAUCUGUCAGCAGACUACUCAGCAGAUCAGUACUGGCCACCGUCGCCAUACACAACACACGUCUUCUCCUCGAGGAAAUGGAGGUGGGAGGAGAGGUCCUUUGUCCGCCAAGGGGAUCCUGCCGGAACCAUCGCCGAUAUGAUGUGGCGGGACUCCGGCGGAAGCCUGGACGGCCAGGGGGUCUAUUUUCAGGGAGCACUCUAUGUGCGUUGUCGAAACGAUUCUGUAAUUAGAAUAACCUUAUCAGGUGACAAGUACCAAAUGAUUAAAUCGCCUGUAUCAAGGACCAGACUUGGUGAAUAUGAUCUCUCUUACUUGGGAAAAUCAGAAAAAGGGGUCUACUCUGCGCUACUUCGACAGGAUGGUGUUAGUUGCCCACAAUGUCGAGUUUGGUUGCUUAAUGAACUUUGCGGUCAGAUGGAGUGGGUAUUGAAGAGUAACAUCAACCUUCAAUCCCUUGAAGAUAUUCCUCAUCUUCAAUUUGCUAAUAAAUAUAGCAAACCAUGGACGACCGUUGACGACUUUAAUACCAAGGAUGAAGCACCUGCGCAAGACCAACUCGAUGGAUGGGACUUCGACGAUGGUAUGGUCCUAGAGAUCACAGAUAACAAGCAGGCCACUACAACAAACUGGAGUUUUGGUAAUGUUUUCCAUGGAUUUCAUCCUUACAAAGAGAUUGCCUUCUUUGAUGUAUCAUCAGGAGUCGGAGUCGUAUCUUAUCAUUUGAAUACCUCAAAGGUUCAAGAGUUGGGCACCUUUCAUAUAACGGGCUUGGAAAGCGUAUUCCCGUACACAGCAUGCUGGAUGCGGGACUUGUUUGAAAACAAUUAAGUGGCUUAUCAAAAGGUUAGCGUGCGUGCAUGGUUUUGGAACAUGCAUAUAGAUGUUGGAUUCUCUGUUACUUUAAUACUCUGUACAUGUAAGUUAUCCAUUCGGACCUGCUAUAAUAAAGAUUAGAGUUGCAUCUCUAAUUUUA